CAUGGCUUUGUGCUUUAAAGCCCGUGUGUCUGGCACGUUGAGCCCUUUGCCUCGAAUUUUAUUUCCCCUUCGAUUGCCCAAAACAUGCGACCGAACACAUUCCUCCAAACUACAGUUAGUCUUUUAGCAACAACACACCUAGCGCUAGGCUCCACUAGCAGCGAGCAAGACCAAUUCAAGCAUGUAACAUGGGAUGACGACAACUCUGUGAUUUCAACACAUGCUCUAGACCAAGGCCACUACCAAUCCCGCUUGACGCUCGCAAACGGCUAUUUUGGUAUCAAUGUCGCUUCCGCGGGGCCCUUUUUCGAAGUCGAUGAACCAGUCGAUGGCGAUGUCAUAAGCGGAUGGCCGCUUUUCAGUCGACGACAGGCUUUCUCUACUAUAGCGGGCUUCUGGAACAGCCAGCCACGAACCGUUGGAUCCAAUUACCCAUGGCUCUAUCAAUACGGUUGGGAGAGCUUUAUUGCUGGUAUCCCACAUUGGAGCGGCCUUAUUGUUGAAGCAAAUGGCGAGUUCCUGAAUGCAUCCGUCAACCCCGAUCAUAUCUCUGAUUUCGUCUCAAGCCUGGAUGUAAAAGCUGGCAUUGCGAGUUGGCGGUACAACUGGAAACCGGGUGGCCAGGGUGAUGGAACCAUCGAUGUCAACUAUCAGCUUUUUGUUCACAAGCUCUACAUCAACAAGGCAGUAGUCAGGCUGCGACUUACAUCCACUCGGGACGAUAAUGUGACUGUAUACGACAUUCUAGAUGGGGAUGGCGCCGUGCGCUCGGAUUUCGUUCAGAAGAAAUUUGAGAAAGACACCCCGACUAUCUGGUCCGCCGUAAGCCCAGGAAAUAUCACAAACGUUACCGCAUACGUAUAUUCGACUUUGGGUGCUAGUGACUGGGUCGACCUCAGUGCACGUAGCGAAGUAGCAGAUGGCGUCUUUGGUAGUGGCAACGAGUCGACUAUCGCGCAGUCUGUACCAGUCGAACUAACCGCAUUCCGACCAACCGAAGUGACUAAGUUUAUCGGAGUCGCUUCAACCGAUGCCUUCCCUGAUCCACAAAGUGUAGCUCGGGACGCUUCAAUAUCGGGCGCAAAAGAAGGCUUCUACAAGCUUCUACAGUCCCAUAUUAAAGAAUGGGAAUCAAUCUUGACGCCAGACGCUAUCGACGACUACCACCUACCGAACGGGUCCCUCCCCAAUGAUCCAGAUGUACAGCAACUACACAUCCUGGCCCGUACAAACCCUUUCUAUCUUCUUUCAAACAUGGUUGGGCCAAACGCUGUGGCUGCAGCAGGCAAUAACACAAAACUCGACAUCUACAGCAUCCCAGUUUGCGGUUUUGGCUCUGACUGUUAUGGAGGUAUGAUCUUUUGGGAUGCAACAGUUUGGAUGGCUCCAGGAAUCCAAGUGUCGCAUCCUCAACAUGCGCAAAAUGUUAUCAAAUAUCAUGUGGAGCAUUUCGAGCAGGCGCAGCGAAAUGUCCAAACAGCCUUCACUUCGAGCAAGAACCAAACAGGCCGCUUCACUCCUGGAGGUGCAGUGUAUCCUUGGACUAGUGCGAGAUUUGGGAACUGUACAGGCACCGGGGCCUGCUUCGACUACGAGUACCAUCUCAACGGUGACAUGAGCCUGGCCUUCAACAAUCAUCUCAUCAUCACCGGUGAUGGCGAAUACUUUAAUGACACCUUGUUACCGAUAUCGAACUCGAUUGCACACUUUUUUGGCCAAGUCCUGGACUUCAAUGAAACUUCUGGAAACUGGGAGCUAUGGAAUGCGACUGAUCCGGACGAGUAUGCCAACCAAGUCAACAAUGUGGGAUUCACUACCGCCUUGAUCCAGAAACACUUCCUCGAAACAAACGAAUUCAACUCUUGGUUUGCGCGUAGUCCAAACGCUAGCUGGAAUGAGAAAGCCGCAAAGAUGCGGCUCCCAGUUAACGAUAACACUGGAAUUAUCGUUGAAUAUACUGGCAUGAACGGGUCGGUAGCAGUCAAGCAAGCAGAUGUGGUCCUCAUAGAUGAUCUGUUACAUUAUCCGAAUCCCUACAGUUUGACAAAUCUGGACUUUUACGCAGCGAAACAAUCCCUUGAUGGCCCCGCAAUGACAUAUUCAUCAUUCGCUGUCGUGGCCAACGAGGUCUCUCCAUCCGGAUGUUCGAGCUUUACCUACCACGUCUACUCGUCUUCGCCCUACCUUCGCGCACCGUGGUAUCAGUAUUCUGAACAGCUGAUCGACAAUGUGGAAGAGAAUGGAGGAACACAUCCUGCAUUCCCUUUCCUGACCGGUAUGGGUGGAACGAACCGAGUCGCAAUCUUUGGCUACCUCGGCUUGGGUUUAUACUACGAUAGGUUGGACAUCGAUCCCUCUCUGCCACCACAAAUCCCAUACCUAAAUUACCGCACCUUCUACUGGAUGGGUCACGGCAUCAACGCCACUUCAAACUCAACGCAUACAACAUUAGAGCGCUUGCCACGAGAUAAAUACACACUCCCUUCAGUAAAUGCAACUUAUUUCGACAAGCCUAUCCCCGUUACAGUCGGCACUCGCAGCGGCCGAAACGUCACCUGGCACGAGCUCGGCCAAGAACCACUUGUGGUACGCAACCGACCCAUGGGCGAGACCCUUACCGUAGGCGGCAACAUCCUCCAAUGCAAAUCUCUCCUCCGAUCCCCUCAACGCAACAAACCAGGUCAAUUCCCCAUCGCCGCAAUUGACGGCGCCGCAAGUACAAAAUGGCAACCUGAGUACGCAAACACCACCAGCUACCUCACUGUUGACCUCGGAGACUCUGCCUUCUACCCCAUCAGCGAGAUCGUAAUGGACUGGGCGAAUCAGCCACCUGCGCAUUUCGAAAUCUAUUUUUCAAACUCUUCAAUUCCGCCAUUUUCGGCACAGCUGGCUGAGGAUGUGAGGAGAGUGAUAGCUGGCAGUGUGGAUAUCAGUGCGCCAUGGGAUCCCGUGACGGCGUACGAAAUUAAGCCGUAUGUUGGUAAUCAGACGAAUGUUACGCUAGCGGAGAGUGUGUGGAGUGGGAGGUACGCGCAUUUGGGAGUGAGAGGGAACCAGUUUAAGGAGGAUGCGACGGAUGGACCAACGGUUGCGGAGUGGAGUUUGGUUCGUGAGAAAUUUUGAGUUGGUAUGGAGAUGGUCUGGUAUAUAGAACUUUUCGAGUAGAUCUGCGUAGAAAGUUUGAGAUCGCUUGUAUGAUAGGUUGAAGAGAUGGUCUGGCGUUAGAUUUAGAAAUACAAGGGUUGAUUUUUGUCAGCAGUUGGGUUUUGCGAUGUAAGUUUCGUUCAUACGUUCGUUUUCUGGGAUAGCAAAACAUAUCGCUGUAUCAUGAGUUAUUUGUCACAUUAUUAUUAGUGGUGUUCAUCAAGUAAAUGGGUGUUGUAAAACAGUAAAUAAAUACAGCGCAAGAAAUUUGGUGGGAUUAUCUCUUGAGAUGAAGUCAUUUAAUAGUAGGUUGCCUAUUUACUUCAUCUCGUAACAACAAAGCUAGUGCAAAAACCAGCCCCAAUAGUCUCUAUCUUACCAGGAAUCUCAAUCUUG